AUGGUCAUAGACUGUGGAGGCGAACGCCAAGUAGAAAUACGAUUUCCAAGGUACGAUAAGACGUUAUGCUCGGCUGAUUUUGUCAUUGCUGAUGGAAGACUAAAGCCUAUCGGACCUGAUGAACGUUUGAGGGAUGUUGUACCCAACUCCAGAAGUCAUGAUUUGUUCAUGGAAGCACAUCAUGGAACAAUGGCAGGUCAUUUUGGUGCGCGGCCAAGUGCCUCCAAUAAAGCUAUAGUGACCACAAAGCCAUUUGAAAUAGUGGGAGUUGAUUUACUGGAGAUAGGAGUCACAAGUCGAGGCAAUCGUUAUAUAGUGACAAUUAUUGAUCACUUCACGAACUUGCAAGCGAGUGCAUUAUUGACCAAAGUGAGAAGUAGAGAGCUAAAGCAAAAGAGUGGUACGAUCGCCACUGGAAAACCGACAGAACGAUUGCUUUCAACGUAG